CAACCACAACCCCAGAAACUACAACCAUGGAGAUUAUGACUGUGUCUACAACUUUCAGCUCUGACCCAUGCUAUGAUUAUAAUAUUCUUGAUGACUAUUGGAGAGACAUACGGCAAAAUAUAUACCAAUACUAUGGAUAUGAUGACACCCAUGUUGAAUGGAGUGGCUGGUAUCGGCUGUUUUUGAAUGGAGAAAGUGCUCAAAUGUCGGAGUGGUGUUUGAGUGGUAUGGGAUGUGGUGGUUAUACUGGACUGUAUCUAAAUGGUUCUCAUCCACGACUUGAGGAUGGAGUGGUGACCCGUGAAGUCAUGGGGACUUAUAUGUAUGGGUGGUAUUACUCGAACCAGUGUGGCAACUACAGAUCCAACUCCAUCCAAGUCAAAGCCUGUCCAGGAGAUUAUUAUGUCUAUAAACUCGUCAAGCCAGAUGUGUCAAUCAACAUGCCUACAUACUGUGCAGUUGCUUUCAAAAGCAUCAGUAAUGAUCCAUGUUACAACUAUGAGUCUCUGGACCGUCCCUGGAGAGCCAACAAUGAAAGUGGCUUGUAUAUUGGUGAUGCAUCUUUCUCCUGGAAUGGCUGGUAUCGGCUUUUCAACAAUGAAAUGAACAUCCAGAUGCCAGAGAGCUGUGUUAGUUCAUCAUCCUGCAAUUCAUACCCGAGUCUGUGGCUCAAUGGUCCUCACCCUCAGAUAGAGGAUGGAGUUGUGACCAGAGAGGUCUGUGGGGCGACUUAUUGGAGUGAAUGCUGUUAUUACAAGACACAACCCAUCAGAGUGAAAGCCUGUUCAGGCAAUUAUUAUGUAUAUGAACUUGUGAAACCACAAUACUGGUAUGCGGGAUACUGCACAGAUGUUAGCACUAUAUCACAGACGGUUUCCUCUACAAGUCCAGCUAUGAUUACUGGAUCCAGCAUUACCUUGGUAGACCCAUGCUAUAACUACAACACUCUUGAUAACUACUGGAGAGACACACACAAUUACUGGUAUAUGUAUGGAUAUUUAUCUGGAUAUGAUGACACUCGUGUAGAAUGGGAUGGCUGGUAUCGACUCUUCAUUAAUGGAUCGAGUGCUCAGAUGCCUGAGUGGUGUGUGACUUACAUGUCAUGUGGAGGUUAUAGUGCUCUGUGGCUUGGUGGCUCUCAUCCUCAUAUAGAAGAUGGAGUUGUUACUCGGGAAAUCUACGGCUCAGUUAAUGACCAGUGUAAUAACUACAGAUCCAAACCCAUCCAAGUCAAAGCUUGUCCUGGAAAUUAUUAUGUUUACAAAUUUACCAGACCAAAACUAUCAAUCCCAGCUCCUGUAUAUUGUGCAGUUUCAUACACCACACCAAGUGUUGACCCCUGCUACAACUAUACCAGUCUGGAUGAGUCUUGGAGAGCCACUGACAAUCCUUACUAUAAUAACUACUACUACUACAAUAUAAUGUGCGAUUAUAAUGUCAACUGGAAUGGUUGGUACAGGCUCUUCUACAAUGGUCAGAGUAUCCAGAUGCCAGAUUCAUGUGUAAAUUAUGGCAUGUGUGGCACUUAUUACCCGCUGUGGCUCAAUGGCACUCACCCUCAGCUGGAAGAUGGAGUGGUCAGCCGGCAAGUCUGUGGUUCCGAUGGGAAUAAUUGCUGUGGUUACAGAUCUCAUCCCAUACAAGUCAAAGCCUGUCCUGGAAAUUACUAUGUUUAUGAGUUUGUCCGGCCAAUAUACUGCUCAGCUUACUGUGCAGAUGUCACAAGUCUCAACAACUCAUCAUAUUCUACAACAACAGAGACAAUCCUUCCAGUAGGAUCCACUCCUGUGCCCAUCACAACCACUGGCCCAACUCCCAAAAUCAAUUAUUGUGAAUAA